AUGGGGUCGGCAAAGAAAGGUGCACCUAAUCUUUAUCACACGUAUUACUUCUAUGCAGCGCUAUUGGCUGUAAAGUUGCUGUCGCUUCUGCCAUUAGGACACUGUAUGUGCAGUGUUGAGAAGUUCCAGAAGGCAAAUAUGAGUGACUUGAAGCAUCUGACACCGUUUUGGCUGCUCGCUGGACUGUUUGUGACUACUUCCCCUGACCCCAACUUGGCUAUUAACCUGAUGCGUGCCUUUGCCGUCGCCCGAUUUGUCUCCGCUCUUGGCUAUAUCUGUGAUAUCCCCAAAUGCGCCACAGAAGGAGCCUUCUUCGUCUCCUUCACGAUCACCAGCUUCAUGGGCGCAGCAGUCGUCUGGAAAUACAGUAACGCAAUCUGA